GAAUCACAUCCAAUUAAUAACUUCAAUUGCAUAAAGUUAUUUUAGUCUUAAUUUCAUUUUUUCUUUAUUUUUUAAGGCCAAUUACAUUUGAUAAUUAUCUAACACUGCACAUCAAAUUUGUUGAUGAACGUUCAAUUCAUUCAUGUACAAUCCUAAUAAAUUCUUCCUAUGCAACAUCUACACUUCACUUCCCUUCAACUAGACACCAUCCAAGUGAAUAUAUAGAGACAAAGAAAAAUAAUUUUUUAAAAGAAUUAUAUAUUGAAAUUAUAAAUUAACUUACUACCCCCAACUAAUUGUAAGGGUCACAUGAGACGCUACAUUAAUUUAUAUAUACCAUGAUUAAUUAGGUCCUCUCACCCACCCAAACCCAAGACUAGAGGGAGAGAAAAUCCAAAUGAAAAAUAGAAGAAACUAAUGAACAGAUAAUUAACAAGAUAUAUAUAUAAAUGGACAAGAGGCAAACAACAAAUGUGAAAUCCAGAGAAAAAGAAAUCAUUCAAGCGUGCAGCAGCUAGCAAAGAGUGCAUCCUAAUAAUUGACAUUCAACUUUGUCAUCAACUGUGAAUGCAACAUUACAUCCAGUGGGGGACCUCAAAUUCUUUGGUUGCAUGCAUGGGAACAUCCUACAGCCCAGGCCCCUUUCUUUUAUCUCCAUUCCACCUCUUCUUCUUUCCCAUCCCUUCCAACUUCUUCAACUCAACAGGAGAGUCCAUGGCAAUGGCUUCCACCUCCUUCCUCCUCUUCUACUUCCUCCUCUCCCCCUUUAGCCACCUCACAGGCUUCGAAGGACGAGUUACUACUGAUCACUCAAGCCUUCUUCCACUGCAUAAGGUAGAGAUGGCCAGUGGUGGCAUGACUAGUGGGGAGUUGAUAGGCUCCAUGGCUCCAAUCUGCACUUAUAAUGAAUGUAGAGGUUGCCGAUUCAAGUGCAGCGCCGAGCAGAUCCCUGUCGACGCCAGUGACCCCAUGAACAGUGCCUAUCGUUAUCAAUGUGUGUGUCACAGGUGAUCUUGUCAGGCACAGACUUACUGGAAUCACAAGUUUUGCAGCAAUUAGUAUUGUAGAUCUUAUUCAGAGUACUCCUGCUGUUCUUGUUAGCUCAUUCAUGUAGUUUAGAGCCUGUGUGAAGUAUUAGUUUUCCAUGGAGGAUUUGAUUGAGAAGAUUUGGGUUUUCUUUUGGAUGGUUAAAUGAAUGACUAUGAAAGUGUAAUUCAUGUGAUAAGAGGGUGAAAAAAGGUUGCUUACAUCAUGCAUCUAGGGUAGGGCUGUAACGAGUCUAAGUUCAUCUAAAUAUUUUGUGUUGUUCAAACUUGUUUGAUAAA